AUGUCGCUAUUUGCUUCGCCUCGCAAGCCAAGCUCGAACGGAGGAUCGGCACCGCCGAACCCACCCAUAGCCCUAGAAUCGCGUUCGCGUGAGCCUUUGCCGGACGAAAUCCAAGUUGGACCGCCGGUAGUCCGCCUGUGGUCGCCAACACCUGCAGAGGCCCGGGAAAUGAGGCAACGCAAAGCCCAGGCGGACAUGAAGGCCAGGCUGGUGGAUUUCAGAGAGAAGAGAAAGAGGGAGGAUGCCCAGAGAGCAGCAGCAAAGGAGACAGAGUUGUCCCAGCCGGACAACAAGCCACCAUGCAGCUCAGGGGCAUUUCCUUCUGCUCACAAGAAGCCACGGUUGGACAAUGGCGACGCCUCUAACAACGUGCAGGAAUCCAGCGGCGGAGGUCCGCUCAAAGUCAAUACCAAAGGCCUGGGACCGCAUCGGUUGAUGGACAUGGCCAUUACUCGACCCGAGCCGCAUCCUCUUCCGCUUGCUCAGUCCGCUCCACACGGUGAUGGUAUGGGCAUUGAUGCUGCGUCCAGUUUCGCGCACUCGAUCCCGGCUAGCGCUCCUCCCAAUCCAGCGGUAAUCCAGACUGGGGACGAAGUCCAGCAGCAGAGGCUUUAUGACUCGUGGACGUCAGCAAUGCGCAAUGACUGGCUAUCGCCGUAUGCGGCCCAGACUCCAAGCUCAGCGACAGGACAUGCUUCAUGGACAAGGCAGGCGAUCCAAGACCGCGGUUUUGGUCAUGUCGCCGUACCGAAGCAUAUGAACGGCGUCUACGCAGCAGCUCGAGACCAGAUUUUCCAAGGCUUGGCACAGCGAGGUCGUCUGCCGUUCCGACCGGACGAAGGCGUCGUCAACGUCUACGGCGUUGCCAACGAAGGCAGCGGGCACUGGAUUGCCUUUCACAUCGACCGAGACCAGAAGAUGGCCAAGGUGGUUGAUUCCAUGAUGCCAAAGACGGAAUAUGGCCGGCGAGAUACCACGAAUCGGAUGAAGACCUUCCUCGACCGCAUGGCCUCCGUUAAGGGUGCUCAUGCAUCCUGGUUAUCCACUCUCGGGCAAUGGCAGGUCAGCUGGGCGGACGAAGCAUACCAGCAGCAGAACAGCGACGAUGGAAGCAUUCACGCCUUGCAGAACUUCACCGACCUGAUGCAUCGCGGGGAGAGAUCAAGCGCUUCCACGACGCUGAUAUCAUCCGACAGCGUCUCGGGCUGA